AUGUCCUCGAUCGAUAGCGAGAUCUUCGUUGAGGAAGAGUCUCCUGCGAAGACGAAUGCACCAAAGAAACGAGAUGUUCCUGGUAUCAUUGUCAUGGAUGUUGGUGAUAUCGAGUCUCCUGCCCCUCCACACGAAGAAGGCGACUGGCAAGAUGAGGAGGACGAUGGUUUGUUGCUCCGAUGCUUCACAGUCACCACCGGCUGCUGUGCUGCUGUGCACAACGUCAUGCUACAGCAGUGGAACUCUUGUGGCAACUUCGUGCGAGAUAGGAGGUUCUGGCUCUGCAAGAUAAUCAUUGUUGUCAUGGAUGCUGCUAUCUUGAGAGGAUCGUUCUCGAUGGCAGAAGAAUAUUGUGACCAAGAUGACGAGAUCUCCGAGUUUGGAUGGGUCCUCUGGUCGUCGUUCCUGGUCUUCUGUAAAUUUGUGUACCUACGACCUGUCUUCCACCUCCAUCAGCUCGGCGUCUUCCACAGCUCUCGCUGGGAUGCCGUGAAGAGCGCGUUCCUCGAGCUGCUCUGCGUCAUUUGCCAUAUCCUCAUGCUCCUGUCCCUCAUGAUCCGGACUGUCGAGCCUGGCUUCGCCGCUUUCCGCAGUGGUACGUGCGAAUCUCGAGGAAGGGAGCUGGUUAGGGAUCCUUUCACCUGUUCACUGGCUGCUAAGUGGUAUUCGUUGACGCCGGAUCACCCCAUCAACGGAGACAAUAAGACGAAGCCCUUGUCUCAUCAGCCACCGGGCUGCUUCUUCGUCCAGAGUGAGAAGCAAUUGUACUUUAACAAGGUUAUAUGUUCUCGUGAAGAAGACUGGUGCGAAGAUUGGAUUCAUCAGAAUUAUGGCCAGUGCACGAAGGAGUCAACUUGUUUAUGUUUAUGUGAAUUUUUCUCCGCGUCUAUCGUCAUGUCAAUCAUCAUUUUUGCUCUCCCGAUGCCCGUGCAGGUUCAUGACGCUACUGUCAUGCUCUCAUUCUCUUCUGACAUGUUGGAGAAUGUUGUCCUCGUCGCUCACAAAGAUUGCCGAGAGACCGCGUGA